AUGGAAAUUUUUGGAAUGAUAGAUCAAUCGAGAUCGCCUAUUGUGGUCGAGUGGGUAGAGCACGUACACCGAACCAGAAGGGCGACGUUCAAUGACACAGCCAAGAACUGGCCCCACGAUAUUCCUUACGUCAUCCACAAGGCGUACACAGGUGACCGCGUGACCUUGAGACUUGUGAUGGACUACAUCUCUAGCCGCCUGUGUCUCACUUUCCAUGACGUCACCAACACCUACGACCCCAAUGACCGCACAUGGUUCACCAGCCACGGGUUCAAAACCAACUCGUACAUGCACUUCAUACAAGGAGCUGGUUGUUAUUCAGGUUACGGUCAGGGCUAUAGUCAGGGACCUCAAGAUGUCAGCCCCUGUAGUGGUUUUGGCAUCAACCUCCACGAGAUCCUUCACUCCCUCGGGGUCAUCCACAGCCAAACUGCCCCCAUCAGAGACCUCUACAUGACCAUACACGAGUCGGACAUCCGGCAGAGUUUUGUAUACAACUAUGCUAAAAUUUCCGAUCCAACCCUGGUGAACUCUUUUUUUGACCCGGACUCGAUUAUGAUGUACCCUGACGAGGCGUGGCAUUUGAUGGGCCUGGAGACAUACAUGCCAAUUAGAGAUGAUUUCUUCAACUCAGCACCGCCGUUUUCAGCUGAAAAUGUGGUUUUCUACGAACUGACCCUCAUAUACAGGUGUAACGAACUAUUCUGCAACAACGACCAGACGGACUGUGGCCCAGGCUACCACACGUUGAUCAAUGGACGGUGUCGCUGUGUCUGUCCGGAUGAGUUGGAUUACAACACCAAUUGUAGGACACACAUUAAUGGACCAUCAAAGAACGUCUCGUGGCCUGAAACUCAAAUUGUCCUGUAUGGAAGUGAGCGCUGCCCGACGGGAUUCGAUCCUACACCAGCCCGUCUGCCAGUGUCAGGACGGUGGGCACCGACCAUAGAUUCUGCGCCAGACAAAUAUUCUAAGAAGGACAGAACCAUGACCUUCCUCAUGUGUAAAAAAUCGACCCCAGUAAACCCGGCAAAUGUCAAGUGGAAUACAUGGCCCAGGGGAGGCGACUAUUGUAUUGUCAAACCUAAGGGACAAAAGUGUGGGGGAGUUUUUGAGGACGGUGGUCUAGAAUUUAAGACCUUUGAAGAGAGCCACCCAAUAGGAGACAUCGGCAACAUCACCAUCAACGGCAACAUCGUCAGGAUCAACUACUGCUGUAGGGACAAGGAACAUUACGGGCUAGUGGUCGAACUGCCCAACUCAGAGCCGUUCAAAUUGGUGGCUAAAUAUCACAAGUGUCCGGUAGUUCAAGGUAUGAAAAGCACAUACUCCACGAUUACAAUUUGGACAGAUCAUUCGUUAGACUAUGGUGCCAAACCACCCCUCAAUUUUUUCUUCCAGACGGAGUUCCUGCUCCUACAUUACCUGUGUCACUACCAGCCGCCUGUCUACGGCUGCAGCCAAUUCGUCACUCUGAACAGGGCUAAACAGUCAGUGACCAUCGCCACACCUGGGUUCGGUUCCAAGAGGGAGCCAGACAGGCGGUGUUUUUACAGUUUUACUGUACCUGUUGGUUCCAGACUGAAGCUGACCUUGAACAAAUUUGACCCACACGUCACCGACGAGUUUCUCAUUAAACGUUACCACAAGUGGCAGGACCCUAUCCUCAUCAACGGCGACUACCAACCCUAUCAGUUGGUUAGUGAAGGAGACUACUUGUCUCUACAGUACUGGGCUUCAUGGGAGAAAACCAACAACAGGGGAAUUAAGUUCACUGUCGAUGUUGUGCUCGCCGAGGAAAUGUGUUACGAUGUGGCGACAAAAGGGGCAGACUACUACGGUGAGAAAUCUGUUACAGAAACUUUCGAGCCUUGCGUCCCUUGGGAGAAAGCCACAUCUUGUGAUGACUUCCCCUUUGAUGGUUUCAAAGGAAUUUCCUUGUUAGAAAGCGGAAGUAGCUGUAGAAAUCCAGGCGGGUCUCUCCUUCAGCCUUGGUGUUAUACUUUUGUCAGGGGCAGCGUUUGUCAUAAACGUUAUUGUGACGUCUGCAACUUAAAGGCCCCAGUAGAUAUACUGAGCACAUGUUCUUCACUGAAACAGAAUGUCCCAGAAUUUUGCAGAAGCGCCAUUGAACGCCAUGGAUGUUUCGCCACGUGCAAAUUUCCUAUACAUAAUUAUAAACCAGCCAAAUGCAGCCCACCCAGCCUACCAUCUGAUGUGUACGCCGCUGGAGGAUUGAAGAGUGUGUACAAGGAAGGGGAGGUCAUCAACGUCACUUGUACAACUUCCGGUUCUUUAGUAAACGUAAUCAGAUGUACCAAAACUGGAUGGUCGGGCCAAGCUCUUGCUUGUAAAGCCACUGGCUCCUGUAAGGAUAAAUACCAAAACUGUGAAAAUAUUCUGGCCAAAUUCCCGGAGUUCUGCUCAGACAAAAGAUCGAAUAACUCGGCCUUGACCUACUGCAAGAGGUCAUGUGGAGGGUGUCCAGAAGCUACUCGAUGCUCUGAUCCUGUAGGGCUAACUUACAUCAGAACAUCUCGAUCAGCUGUUAUCUCACCUGGUCAGGUCAUGAACUUCACCUGUAACUAUAAUUUGUAUCACGUGGAUGGUGACUUACACAGGGCGUGUUCCACUUCCGGUGCCCUGCUGGGAACUGAACCAUAUUGUCAAAGUACACCAUUACCUGUUGACAUCCACCUGGAGAAGAUCAGAAACCGCAGGGAGACUUUACCUGAGAAACUGGCUUUUCUCAUGGACAUCGACGAUUACAUAAUCCCGUUCAACGGCAUCAUAACCAGAUGGUACUACUACUGCGAGAAGAAAGGAACCCUGAACUUUAUUGUCUUCAGACCAUCGGGGUCAGACUACAUCCAUCUAGGUACCAACAGUGUCGAGUGUGAGCCCAAGUGGCUCAGGACGUUUAACGUUCCUAGUGCAAGUCAGGUCCGGGUCAAACAGAAUGACGUGGUUGGCGCCUACUCCCUCAACCCCGACACACUCAGCGUCAGCAACUGUUACUCAGCAGAGGUCAAGGUCAUGUCGAUUCCCGCCGAGAUCGUGGAGUCACUUCCUGUGCUGAAGUUGAAAACAAAGUUCAAGAACAAGCAGUGCCUGGUGCCCUCCAUGGGGUUCAGAGUGGAGCCAUACUAG